GAAGAAGAAGAUGGCGGACGUGCUGAGCGUUCUGCGUCAGUACAACAUCCAAAAGAAGGAGAUCAAUGUGAAAGGAGAUGAGGUUAUCUUCGGGGAGUUCUCCUGGCCCAAGAAUGUUAAGACCAACUAUGUCAUUUGGGGGACUGGAAAAGAAGGACAGCCCAGAGAAUAUUACACGCUAGACUCCAUUUUGUUCUUGCUCAACAAUGUGCAUCUUUCUCAUCCUGUGUAUGUCCGACGUGCUGCAACUGAAAACAUUCCUGUGGUUAGAAGACCUGAUAGAAAAGAUCUUCUUGCAUACCUAAAUGGGGAAACGUCAUCAUCUGCCAGUAUAGACAGAAGUGCGCCACUUGAAAUUGGUCUUCAGAGAUCCUCACAAGUAAAGAGAGUUGCAGAUGAAAUAUCCGCUGAGGCAAAGAAACCAAGAAUAGAGGAUGAGGAACGCGUACGUCUUGACAAGGAGCGCUUGGCUGCUCGAUUGGAAGGACAUAAAGAAGGCAUUGUGGCGACAGAACAAAUUCGCUCACUCUCAGAGGCUAUGUCUGUUGAGAAAAUUGCUGCUAUCAAAGCAAAGAUCAUGGCAAAGAAACGAUCCACCAUCAAAACUGAUCUAGAUGACGAUAUAACUGCCUUAAAACAGAGAAGCUUUGUGGAUGCUGAAGUAGACUUUACAAGGGACAUUGUGAGCAGAGAAAGAGUGUGGAGAACGCGGACAACGAUCCUACAAAGUACCGGCAAAAACUUUGCUAAGAACAUAUUUGCAAUACUUCAGUCUGUGAAGGCUCGCGAAGAGGGCCGGGCUCCUGAGCAAAGACCAACUCAAACAGCAGCACCAACUGAUCCAGCAUUAAGAACCAAUAAGCCAGUUCCAGCAGCUUACAACAGAUACGAUCAGGAAAGGUUCAAAGGAAAAGAAGAAACGGAAGGCUUUAAGAUUGACACUAUGGGAACAUACCACGGCAUGACACUGAAGUCUGUGACUGAAGGGGCAUCUGCCAGGAAGACACAGACUCCAGCUGUACAGCCUGUGCCAAGACCAGUUUCCCAGGCAAGGCCACCUCCAAAUCAGAAAAAAGGAUCACGCACGCCCAUCAUCAUUAUACCUGCUGCUACCACUUCUUUAAUUACUAUGUUAAAUGCUAAAGACCUUCUUCAAGAUCUCAAGUUUGUUUCAUCAGAAGAAAAGAAGAAACAAGGUUGCCAGAGGGAUAAUGAAACCUUAAUACAGAGGAGAAAAGACCAAAUGCAGCCAGGGGGGACAACCAUAAGUGUUACAGUUCCAUACAGAGUUGUGGACCAGCCACUAAAGCUGCUUCCUCAGGACUGGGAUCGUGUUGUGGCAGUGUUUGUUCAAGGUCCAGCCUGGCAAUUCAAAGGCUGGCCGUGGGUGUUGCCUGACGGCUCGCCUGUAGAUAUAUUUGCAAAAAUUAAGGGUUUCCACCUAAAGUACGACGAAGUUAGGCUUGAUCCCAAUGUGCAAAAAUGGGAUGUGACGCUUCUGGAAUUAAGUUAUCACAAACGGCACUUGGACAGACCUGUGUUUUUGAAGUUCUGGGAGACUUUGGACAGGUAUAUGGUGAAAAACAAAUCCCAUUUAAGAUUCUGAAAAGCUUGGGUUCUCUCAUUUCUCCAUGGAAAGAAAGAGUUGUGACUUCACCUCCAUCUAGAGAUUAGGACUCUAUUCACAUUUGUCCAAUGAACCUACCUUGAAUAUACCAGGAUUGUCACAAUUUUUUUGGACAAUUUGCCAUCAUUUACAAAAAAAGGAAUAGCAUACUAUUUUUAAAAAAAAAAGGUUUGCAAUGUUUGCAAUUCAAAUUGUAUAUUUUGAUAGUAGGGAGAGCAUUUGUUUUAAACAAAUACUUCUUUUUUUUCCCCUUUUCAAAUACAGUAUACUUAUGUGUAUGUAAAUGUUACAUUCUCUCAAGUACUUUUUUUUUUCUUUUCCUUUUUUUUUUGGAAUUUAGUUCAUUACCAUAAAGAACUCUUUUGUGCUGUUUAGCUUACACAUUUGCCAAAUCCGUUCCAUAUGGCAUUGGGCGUGCUGAUUGGUGGGCAGUGUGAAGAGAAGCAUACAGCUUUGUAUGUGGAUUAAAGUGAUAUUCUUUGUGUUUCUAAUAAAAUGGUAGACACACAA